GGGGGGGGGGGGCAGUCACAAUGUCAGCUGGGUGUGCUGGGACUUGUAGUUCCCCUGGGGGUGUAUGCUGCCAUUUCUCACCACUCUGGAAAUGCUCAUUACCUGGCUGUCAUGCUGAUCCUCAGAGACCUGAAAUACUAAAGCCAAACGAGCAAGUGCACCGGAAACGUCCGACCUUUGCUGGCCGCACACUUAUUUGGGGGGUUAGCGCCCCUGAAAGUGUUAAAGAGAUGCCGGUCACAUAGCAUUUUCCACAGCAGCUGACAGUUCUGGGCGGAGCCUGUUCCAUAUGGUCACAUGGAAGCUGUGUUUGUUCAUUUGUGUGUUUAAUAAAGUUUUGUUUUUCAGGUUUUGCCGAGAUGCUGCUGUAUCUACGAGGGAGGUCUCUGCCCCUGGCCGGACGGUUAUUGAAGGACACUUCCCCGGGAUGCAGACGAUGGUUGUUUUCUCCAGCCGCCGCCGUCGGGCUUUACCAAAGGCCUCCGAACUCCAGGCCCCUCCCCAUGGAGCCUCUUUCCGCGUUUAACCUCAGAACGAGGCUGGGCCUCCACACUUCCAGCCAGCGGCAGGAGGCGGCCAAGGAAAGAACCCCGAUCACCGCAGUGCAGCACCGCUGGCAGGAAAUAAAGAAGACCCCGAGGCCGGCGUUCAUUCUAGGGGUCCUCGGAGCCACGCCCUUUAUGGCGGUGCCGCUCAUGAUGUGCUCUAUGCAGGUUUACCACUGGGGGCUGGCCUCGUCACAGGUGCUGUACGGGGCCUGCAUCCUGUCCUUCCUCGGUGGGGUCCGCUGGGGUUACACCUUUCCAGACAACAGCCCCGCCGGACCCAACUGGAGCAACCUGGCGACGGGCGCGGUCUUCCCGUACACGGCGUUCACCAGUCUGGCCACGGUAGCGUUGGGAAUAGGAUUCGGCCUUUCCUGGGUGGUUGAUGCUUUCGGGAUUAAAAACCUAAACCUGGCCCCCGUCGGCCCCCUCUGGUAUAAAUGGUUAAGAGGUCUGCUGACGUUCAUCGUUUUGGCUUCCUUGGUCGCCACGUUGGGAUGCGCCGGUUGGUAUGCCAACGCACCAAGAAGACGUCGAAGGAAAAGAUAAAAAAUUCGGGUUUAGUCCUCAGAAACCAGACGGCAAAGACCACCGAACCAACGGAGGGGCCCCGUGCCCGCGACUGGACUGGUCUAAAUACCCCCAGCUGUCCUCCUCUUUGAUGCCCCUCCUGAGGCCCCCGCCAUGGAUCUAUACCAGGUUGUUUGUUGUAUGUCUUUAUGAUUCUCCUUCUGGAGACAAAUAAAAACUUUUCUGUUAAAAAAAAA